AUUGCUAUAUCCACUCCCAAAUUCCUUACACCCCGCACUCUCCAAUACACAUCCCAGGAUUGCAUUCCCCUCGUCUCACUAGUAUAAAGAUAAGAAACCAGAGACAAAUAGACUGAGAAAAACUGAAAAGAAUCCAUCCAUGGCUUCCACCACCACAAACCCUCUAUUCUCCUCAGCCUUCCUUGGCAACCAAAUCCUUCUCUCUCCUCCCACCCCCAAAACCACCAGCCUCCCUUCUCUCUCUAAAAGAAAGUUCCUCAUCCCAAAAUCACUCCUCACAAAGAAACCCACUACUAACCUCCCAGCACAAGCCACUUUAGCUGCUGCCCUACUCUUCUCCUCAAUCACCCCACAACAAGCCCUAGCUCUAGACACCCCAAAACCUCCACCGCUUAUCCAAGCCGAAGCCCAAAAACCCAGCCCAUCAAAUUCCUCUCCUUUUUCCCAAAAUCUCCUCCUAACUGCUCCAAAACCACAAACCCAAUCCACAUCUGACCUCCCGGACGGCAGCCAAUGGCGUUACAGCGAGUUCUUGAACGCAGUAAAAAAGGGUAAGGUCGAAAGGGUCAGGUUCAGCAAAGACGGAAGUGCCCUCCAGCUCACCGCCGUUGAUGGCCGUCGCGCCACCGUUAUCGUCCCCAAUGACCCCGACCUCAUCGACAUUUUAGCAAUGAACGGCGUCGAUAUUUCCGUUUCUGAAGGAGAUUCUGGUAAUGGGUUGUUCAGUUUUAUUGGUAAUUUGCUUUUCCCUGCCCUCGCUUUUGCUGGGCUUUUCUUGCUUUUCCGUCGGGCCCAAGGUGGACCCGGUGGGCCUGGAGGGUUGGGUGGGCCGAUGGAUUUCGGCCGGUCCAAGUCCAAGUUCCAGGAGGUGCCGGAGACCGGCGUUACGUUUGCUGACGUGGCCGGUGCCGACCAGGCUAAACUAGAGUUACAAGAAGUAGUUGAUUUCUUGAAAAACCCAGAUAAGUAUACAGCAUUAGGGGCUAAGAUUCCAAAAGGGUGUCUUUUGGUGGGGCCACCGGGUACCGGGAAAACCCUGUUGGCGCGUGCGGUGGCGGGGGAGGCCGGUGUGCCGUUCUUCUCUUGCGCGGCAUCGGAAUUUGUGGAGUUGUUUGUGGGUGUGGGGGCGUCUAGGGUUAGAGAUUUGUUCGAGAAGGCGAAGUCAAAGGCGCCUUGCAUUGUGUUUAUUGAUGAGAUUGAUGCGGUGGGGAGGCAGCGAGGGGCGGGGCUUGGAGGUGGGAAUGAUGAGAGGGAACAGACUAUUAAUCAGCUGUUGACAGAAAUGGAUGGGUUUUCGGGCAAUUCGGGGGUUAUUGUUUUGGCUGCCACGAAUAGGCCUGAUGUGCUUGAUUCGGCGUUGUUGAGGCCUGGGAGGUUUGAUCGGCAAGUUACCGUGGAUAGGCCUGAUGUUGCUGGUAGAGUUAAGAUCCUUCAGGUGCACUCCAGGGGAAAAGCUCUAGCAAAGGACGUGGACUUCGAAAAGGUUGCAAGAAGAACUCCAGGUUUCACCGGAGCUGAUUUGCAGAACCUGAUGAACGAAGCAGCCAUUCUUGCUGCCAGACGUGACCUCAAGGAAAUAAGCAAAGAUGAGAUCUCAGAUGCUCUGGAGAGAAUAAUUGCUGGACCAGAGAAGAAAAAUGCUGUUGUCUCAGAAGAGAAGAAGAAACUAGUUGCUUAUCACGAGGCUGGGCAUGCUUUAGUUGGUGCACUUAUGCCGGAAUAUGACCCAGUAGCCAAGAUAUCAAUCAUACCUCGUGGCCAAGCUGGAGGUCUUACUUUCUUUGCUCCUAGUGAAGAGAGGCUGGAGUCUGGACUUUACAGUAGAAGCUAUCUGGAGAACCAGAUGGCUGUUGCACUUGGUGGAAGAGUUGCGGAAGAGGUUAUUUUCGGUGAUGAUAACGUAACAACAGGAGCAUCGAACGAUUUCAUGCAAGUUUCAAGGGUUGCAAGGCAGAUGGUGGAAAGAUUUGGCUUCAGCAAGAAGAUUGGUCAGGUUGCCAUUGGUGGCCCCGGUGGAAAUCCUUUCUUAGGUCAACAGAUGUCUUCCCAGAAAGAUUAUUCCAUGGCAACCGCCGAUAUAGUAGAUGCAGAGGUGAGGGAACUUGUAGAGAAGGCAUACGCAAGAGCAAAGCAUAUCAUCACAACCCACAUUGACAUCCUCCACAAGCUUGCUAGCCUCCUCAUAGAGAAGGAAUCUGUUGAUGGAGAAGAGUUCAUGAGCCUCUUCAUUGAUGGCAAGGCUGAAUUAUUCAUCGCCUAAUCGCGUCCCUGACUCCAGAUCUUCUUGUAUUUCAAGUUUUGCAUACAUUUAUAUACAUGUAAAAUGAUUAUACUACUCCAAACAAACUCACGUAAAAUAUCACUGUUUUAGUGGCAAA